UAUUUUUUUAAAAAAUAAACAAAAAAUAUGGAUAAUUCAGAAAAUAACGGAGAAUUAAUAGAGGAUGUUUUUACCACAAGUGAAAAAUCGUUAACUGAUGAUGAAAAACAAAAACUUACUGAACAAAAUAAAAGAUUGAUACCCGAAUUUAAAGCGCGUCAACUAGAAGCUCAGGCACAAAAACAUUGGGAUCUUUUCUAUAAGCGUAAUGAGACACGAUUCUUCAAGGAUAGAAGAUGGACAACACGAGAAUUUCAAGAACUAAUACAGGAAGGGCAAAUUAACGAAUCCACACAGGAAUUUCGGAAACUUUUAGAAGUGGGCUGUGGUGUUGGCAACUUUGUGUACCCACUAAUGGAAGAACUCGAAUCGUUGGGUCAGCUAAAUAACUAUUUCUAUGCCUGUGAUUUUUCACCACGUGCCGUAGAGUUUGUACGUUCCAAUCCCAAAUAUGAUGAAAAUAAAAUUAAAGCUUUCCAGUGUGACAUUACAACGGAUAGCAUACAUGGAAAUAUACCAGCAGACAGUUUGGACAUAAUAUCCAUGAUUUUUGUGUUAUCUGCAAUAUCACCGGAUAAAUUUGAUGGUGUGAUUAAAAAUUUGCACAAAGUUCUGAAAUCUGGAGGUAUUGUACUUUUCAGAGAUUAUGGUCGUUAUGAUAUGGCUCAGUUAAGAUUUAAAUCGGGACAUAAAAUUGCCGACAACUUUUAUAUGCGUCAGGAUGGCACCAGAAGUUAUUACUUUGCCGAACAGGAAUUGGCUAAACUGUUUGAGGAGAACGGUUUUGAAAUUCUUAGCAAUUCUUAUGUACAUCGUCGUACUUUGAAUGUAAAAGAGGGUAUAGAUGUUCCUAGAAUAUUUUUACAGGGUAAAUUUAGGAAAUUGUAAUUUUUGUGUUAAAUGAUAUGUGACAAUUGAAAUAAAUGUUUUUUUAAAGUACCUAC